GCGACAACUACAUUUCCAUCUCGUCACCAUAACCAGAGCCGCUGACUCUUUAACAGAAGCCGCACAGACGACUCGUGUGCCAUCUCAAAAGAACAAAAGACGAUGCCGCUGGGCUUCGAGCGACUGAACGCGAGAAAGUCCCAGCCAAAUGACCACAUCAAUUUCAUUAAGCCCUUAAAGGGCGGCGAUGAACCCAUCGCGCAAGAUUUCUUAGAGCGUAUCGCUGCACAAUGCGUCCCCGUCAUGCGAGAGCAUCAUAUCUAUGUGAUGUCACUUGAAGAGUACGAGCCAAAUAGGGAAUUCGUCGGCCGUAAUUUCAAUGCAGGCGAAGUGAUACAGCUAGUCCUUAAGUCCCCAUCAACAGGACGCUGGCUCCCCUUUGAAUACGUACAGAUGGUCAUGAUGCACGAACUCGCACACUGCAAGCAGAUGAAUCAUUCCAAAGCUUUCUGGGCUGUCAGAAACAAGUACGCAGAUCAGAUGAGAGGCCUCUGGUCCCGCGAAUACACGGGCGAAGGACUAUGGGGGCGGGGCACAUUACUCAAAUCAGGGGAGUUCGAAUCGAACACUAUUCUUGCUGACGAUGCCUUACCCGAGCACUUGUGUGGUGGAACGUAUCGCUCUCGGGGAAGAAAACGAAGGCCCAAAAAACAGCUGUCCUAUCAAGAGCAAAAGGAACGGCGUAUCCUGAAGAAGUUCGGAGCCAACGGCGUUGCGCUCGGUGAGGACGAGGAGAUCAAAACGGAAUUAGAAAAGGGCAAAAGGCCGAAAGGGAAGCCAAGAGUUGCAGGUAGCAGGCGAGGUCGUGAGUUAAGGGCCGCUGCUGCCCUCGCCCGGUUCGACCAACAGAACAAGGUCGAUAAGAUGAAAGAAGAAGAGGCGGGUAUCGAAGACGACGAGGCAGCUAGUGACUCCAUGUCUGACUUUGAUGCUGAUGAUAAGGGCUCAAGCAUUGUCGACAAAGAAGGAAGACGCCUGAUCAAGGUAUGCGAGGACGAAAAUCCGGCGGACGGCGACGCGCAAAACGAAAUGCGCGAGCUAGCUUCGGCAUCACGCAUUAAGCGGGAAAGAUCGCGGUCGCCCGCAUUUGUGAAAUCAGAGAUAGAUGAAGUCCCACUUCAAGCAAUCCAGUUGAGGCCGGCUACUAGCAGAUACGAGUCGUUUGGGAGUUCGACCAACACACCAGUUCCACUGAAGCCGCGGGUAGAGAGGAAGCCUGCUUCUGGGGAGUGUCCCAUCUGUUCGUUCGCAAAUGCCCCCGACUCCAUGAUUUGCGAUGUAUGUUCUCACGUGUUAGCGCCUAGUAAGGUGUCUUUCUGGAGAUGUAAGAGCAAAUCAUGCCAGGGGAGCGUGUAUUUAAAUCCAGGGGACUCUGGUAUAUGUGGAGUUUGUGGUGAUCACAAAGGAGUCUUGAAAUGAGAACGAGUGAGCUUCCAUAUAACAGUUCGGGGAAUAAUUGUUUGGCAUAUGUCCUAUUCAUUUCGUUCUCUUGUACAAAUUAAGGCAUAUAAUUGAAUCCCUUUGUACAAAUAUCGCUAAGAAAACGACGACUUACAAUGAA